AUGUCUUCCGAGGAAAAACAAGCCUAUGCCUGGGGGAUGCUGGGCACCGUUCUGACAGAGGUGGCGAAGGCGCAUGGACUGGGACCCGAGGCAUGGGAGUCGUGGGCCGAAAAAGCCUUUGCGGAGUAUGAAGCCGGGAAACUCAGGGACUACGUGAUGCAGGAAGCGGCAAAACUCGUAGAGGAGAUGAAGAAAACUGCGGCGCCACCCGCCGAAUGCUACACCUUGAUUGAAUCGGCAAUUAAACACAAGAUGUUCGACGCCGCGAAAGCAAGCGACUUGGACGCGUUCGACAGGGCCGUUGCAGCGGUCCGGGCCGACGAUAAAGUAUCGGACAAGAUCAAACCUAUCAUUGCCGCUUGGAAGGACAAACAGCUUGGCAAGGGACUUUAG